AUGGCAAAUCAGUUUGAGAUUUUGGUGGAGACAAUCAAGUCGAAGAUGAAAGCAUUGAAGAGAAAGAAAUGGAAGAAACCGUACGCAAAAAUGGAUAAGAGUAGCAGUGUUAAAAUCCAAAUGCGUAGUCGUCAAGCUCAAAAACUCAUCGACAAGACUCUUAGAGCAGCCGAUCAUCCUGGCAAGUAUCCAAUUCAAUAG